GUCGUCGGCGUGCUCGUUGUGGACAACGUGGGUCCGAUGUCAUGGCUGUUGGCUCGACCGGCACGUCGACCCGCCGCCGCACACGCAGUGCGACAUCUUCUCGAUCGCAUCUUGCUUCAAGCGUGGAGGUUACCGUUGCUUCCCGGCGUGCGUCAGCAAGGCAAUGGAGCGCCGCAUCUUAGGCGGGCGCGAGUGGAAUGCGUUAGUGGAUGUGGUCGCGCGCAGGGCCACAGUAUCGGUGUCGCGGAGCCUCGGCGUCGCGCGUCGCCAGGGCACCCUGCUCGCGUUCGCGACGUGCUUCGUGGCGCGGGAGAUAGAGGCUGGCCGCGCAAAGGUGGUCCUCGUCACAAUGAACGUCGAGGAGCUGAAGGCCCACGUUCUGAUCCCAGCCUCCAGCAAUGACCCCAAGGCUUCGGAGCUGCACCAGGGCUUGGGGCUGCCUAUGUCGUGGCGGCGUAGGCAUGAUUGCCCGUGCGUCGCCUUCGCCGACCAGCUGCGCCUCGGGAAG